AUGCUGGUGACCUAUUUGGAAGCCAGCCGGGACCUUUGCGAGACGGACUCGAUUCUCUUUGGCGCCGCAGUGGCAGUUUGCCGUAUUAUUGGCGCCAAACUUCCCAUGGUUGGACGCGCUACUACACAAAGUAGCGCCAUCCCAGCCUGGAGAAAAAGAAUCGAGGACCGUAUCGCAAAGGCAAGGGCCCUUAUCGGCAGACUGACAAGCUUCAGGUCAGGUAAUAAUAGACCGAGGAUUGUGCGCACCGUUAGGAUGGCGUUUGCUGGGACAAAUAUCAGUUUGUCCCAGCCGGAUAUCGCGCAGAAACUAACGGAGCGCAUAGACGACCUGAAGCAAAAGAUCGCUGCAUGGGGGAAGCGGAUUCGACGAUUUUCCGAGGGGUCAAGGCGGUUCAACCAGAAUCGUCUCUUCCAGAGUGAUCAGAAGAGGCUCUAUAAAUCAUUGGAGCGACCAAAGGUAUGUGGAGCGGGCCAAGAACCGGAUCAGGCUGACAUUAUCGCAUUCUGGCGUGGCCUGUGGUCGGAGCCCGUAAACCACAGCGAGGGCCCUUGGAUGGAAGUUGUGGCGAGCCAGGGUGCGAGUGUUACGCCUAUGGACCCCAUCACCAUAACGCCAGAAGACGUGGCUGAGGCGGUCCGUAGGGUCCCGAACUGGAAAAGUCCGGGGCUCGACGGGCUGCAUCAUUACUGGCUGAUGGGGUUCAUAGUGUGUCACGCUGUGCUCACCCGACAGUUUCAAGAGGCUCUCGACCAGAAGUCACUCCCGAGCCUCUUCACUAAUGGGAUCACUCACUUGGUUCCUAAAGAUCAGGAUACCACAGACCCGAGCAAAUACCGCCCCAUCACGUGUCUACCCACCAUAUAUAAGACACUGACAUCCAUUUUGCGCGAGAAUCAUUCGUCACCUGGAGCUAAACCAGGUGAUGUCACGCGCUCAAAAUGGAUGUCGGGGCGGUGGUCGUGGAACUAA